AUGGAUGAUGCAGUUCGAAUAAGCGCCGAAACGUUUCGUUCUAUAUACGAAAUAGGCUUCAAGACCUGGACUCAACUUGAUGCCAACAUCGAGGAGAAAUCUAUGCUCCCUCCACUGUCCCAAGUUACUCAGGAAAUCUGCCACCAACACCCUGUCUUGACUCGCCAUCUCAAGCUCAAGAUUGAUCAGAUGGGAGCUUUCGCUACUGGUGGAUGUAUCUGGAGUUCUCAUCGAACGAAGUGCGCUCACGCAAUGCCACCAUUUAGGCAGCCAGUGCGCAUCAAAGUUGCUGCAAAGAAACCGGUGUCGUUGUCGAUGUCUGAACCAACCGAGGACCGAAACACAGUAUUUCCGUGCUUCAUACGAGAUCAAGACUAUAUAUCUGUUCUUAUGCUCGCUUGGGCAUAUAUCCUUUCCUCACGCUGGACAGAAAUCAUGCCUGGAACUUGCUCUCUUGCCUACACCGACAGUCAAGCAAUAUCUCAACAAAACGCGACUCGUUCAACUCGGCCACAUCCUGCAACUAAUCGACAUUCUGCCGCAACUUUCUCAGACGCAAUCCAUUAUCUUAACCGAUUUUGCGCACGACAUGUAGUCUCGGAUCAGAGUCACGCUGCGCUAGCCGCUGUUCUUCUACUACCUUCCAUGGGCAUACGUCCUCUUCUUUUGAGCAUCUUCUAUGAGCCUAACAUUGAGUGCAACGCUGUCACACCGUGGCUACAAGGAACUUUGGCAGCAAUCAAGCAUGUGGCCGGUGACAACUCAUACCUUGUUGGACGUUUAUGCAUGGAGCGUUCACCGCGGGUGGCCUUUUUAUGGCUCGGUUGCAUCAUACUCAACAUACAGAAUGAACUCCUUCGAGAGGUUUAUUUUGGACAAAUACCUAUCGAUCUUCCCUCUGCCUCGUGGUCCAGAACGAUACAGUCAUUCAUCCAACAGCGUGUUUCCGACCCUCUUGUAACAGAUGGGUUGAUCUUGCGUGCAGACGAGUGUCGACUCCUGUUCCUUUCCCAAUCUGAGCGCCACACUCGACUUCCUCUGUGCCAAUGGACGCCAUUCGGUAAGACCACGGUUAGUGAUGUCGAUUUGGAGGUCCGACUUCAUCAGCAAUGCCAAGACCACUGGCUGCAGUAUGAAGGCAUCGAAUGGGAAUCAAACCACCUGUACAACCACUCACACAGGGAUUUACUACAGAUAUCCUAUGAAGGACUGGACCGAGAUCGGGAGGCUAUCUCAGAGAAUGCAACGCGAAACAUAUUUGGCUGUUUGCGCGUGGAUGGCUACGGACAGGGUGAACAAGACAUAUGGAAAUAUGAGUGGUUCGACAUGUCUGACUCUGACGACAAUGAUGUCGACGAGGAGGAGACAACAUCUUAUGCCUCGGCCCAACUAUCUCCUCGAGUAGAGUCCUGGGUUUUCGACAUCUCGCACUAG